AUGUCUAACACUGAGACCAAAGUGCAGAGUGAGGAAUCACAGACCCCUGAUAUUACAGCUUCGUUUUUGUCGUCGAUCACAAAUAAACCUGUCAAUGUCAAAAUUUAUGAUGAUUUCAUUUACACUGGUACAUUGGCAUCUAUCGAUGGUUAUAUGAAUAUUGUUCUUCAAAACGCAGAGGAAAUAGUGAGAGGAAAGUCCACGAACACAUACGAAGAAAUUUUCAUACGUGGUAACAAUGUUCUAUAUAUUUCAAUGGCUUGA